AGCCUGAGCCCACCUUGCUUCUGAGUUGAACCCACAGUGCAGUCAUGGGGGAUACAGAGAUAUCUGUGUAUGGGGUUGCUGCCCCAUACCUGAGGAAGUCAGACAAGGAGCGUAUGGAGGCCUCCACACGUCCCUUCGAUAUGAAGAAAGAAUGCUUCGUCCCUGACCAGGUGGAAGAGUUCGUCAAGGCAUCCGUCACCAGCCGGGAUGGAGACAAGGUCACUGUGAACACCCAACGUGGCAAGACGGUGACUGUCAAAGAGGCCGAUAUUCUGCAACAGAAUCCUCCAAAGUUUGACAAAAUUGAGGACAUGGCCAUGCUGACUUUCCUCCACGAGCCUGCUGUGCUGUUUAACCUCAAAGAACGUUAUGCAGCAUGGAUGAUCUAUACAUAUUCUGGGCUGUUCUGUGUGACUGUCAAUCCAUACAAGUGGCUUCCAGUCUAUAAUCAAGAAGUGGUUGUUGCCUACAGAGGAAAGAAGAGGAGUGAAGCUCCUCCUCAUAUCUUCUCCAUCUCUGACAAUGCCUAUCAGUACAUGUUGGCAGACCGUGAAAACCAGUCAAUUCUGAUCACUGGAGAAUCUGGUGCAGGAAAGACUGUCAACACCAAGCGUGUCAUCCAGUAUUUUGCCAGCAUUGCAGCUGGAGGUGGAAAAAAAGAAACCAGUGUAAAAGACAAGGGAACACUGGAAGAUCAAAUUAUCCAGGCUAACCCUGCUCUGGAGGCUUUUGGUAACGCCAAAACCAUCAGGAAUGACAAUUCCUCCAGAUUUGGUAAAUUCAUCCGAAUUCAUUUCGACACCAGAGGGAAGUUGGCUUCUGCUGAUAUAGAGACAUACCUUCUGGAGAAGUCUCGUGUGACCUUCCAGCUCAAGGCUGAGAGAGAUUAUCACAUCUUCUAUCAGAUUUUGUCCAACAAGAAGCCUGAACUACUAGAGAUGCUGCUGAUCACAAACAACCCCUAUGACUACCCCUUCAUCUCUCAGGGGGAAACACAAGUGGCCUCCAUUGAUGAUGCAGAUGAACUUAUGGCAACAGAUAAUGCCUUUGAUGUGCUGGGCUUUACUCAAGAGGAAAAGAACUCGGUGUACAAGCUGACCGGUGCAAUCAUGCACCAUGGCAAUAUGAGGUUCAAGCAGAGACCACGUGAAGAGCAGGCUGAGGCUGAUGGCACAGAGGAUGCUGACAAAGCAGCUUAUCUGAUGGGCUUGAACUCUGCUGACCUCAUCAAGGGUCUUUGUCACCCAAGAGUCAAAGUAGGAAAUGAAUGGGUCACCAAAGGACAAACUGUUGACCAGGUGAACUAUGCUGUUGGAGCUAUAUCCAAAGCGGUUUAUGAGAGGAUGUUCUUGUGGAUGGUGGUGAGAAUUAACCAAUCACUUGAGACCAGGCAGCCUCGUCAGUACUUCAUUGGUGUACUGGACAUAGCUGGAUUUGAGAUCUUUGAUUUUAACACCUUUGAGCAGCUGUGCAUCAACUUCACCAAUGAAAAACUGCAGCAGUUUUUCAACCACCACAUGUUUGUGCUGGAACAAGAGGAGUACAAGAAAGAGGGAAUUGAAUGGACUUUCAUCGACUUUGGCAUGGAUUUGCAGGCUUGUAUAGACCUAAUUGAAAAGCCAAUGGGUAUCAUGUCCAUCCUUGAAGAGGAGUGCAUGUUCCCCAAGGCCAGCGAUUCCACCUUUAAAGCUAAGCUAUAUGACAACCAUCUGGGAAAAUCCGGCAACUUCCAGAAGCCCAGGAUUAUCAAAGGAAGACCAGAGGCCCAUUUUGCCCUUUGUCACUAUGCUGGUACUGUUGAUUAUAAUAUCAACAACUGGCUGGUGAAGAACAAGGACCCCCUGAAUGAGACUGUUGUGGGCCUGUACCAAAAAUCUGCCCUUAAGCUGCUUUCUGUCCUUUUUGCUGGCUAUUCUGGUGCAGAUUCAGCAAGCACUGAUGGUAGUGGAAAAAAGGAAAAAAAGAAGAAAGGAUCAUCUUUCCAAACAGUGUCAGCUCUUCACAGGGAGAACUUGAACAAGCUGAUGACCAACUUGAGGUCUACUCACCCUCACUUUGUACGCUGCAUCAUUCCCAAUGAGACCAAGACUCCUGGGGCCAUGGAGAAUCCUCUGGUGAUGCACCAGCUACGCUGUAAUGGUGUGCUGGAGGGCAUCAGGAUCUGCAGAAAAGGUUUCCCCAACAGGAUCCUCUAUGGAGAUUUCAGACAGAGAUACCGUAUCCUGAAUCCUGCUGCGAUUCCUGAGGGCCAGUUCAUUGACAGUAGGAAAGGAGCUGAGAAGCUGCUUGCUUCUUUAGACAUUGACCAUAAUCAAUACAAAUUUGGACACACCAAGGUGUUCUUCAAGGCUGGUCUACUUGGACUGCUGGAGGAGAUGAGAGACGAGCGUCUGUCCAAAAUCAUCACUGGAAUCCAGGCCAGAUCCCGUGGUCUUUUGUCUCGUAUUGAGUAUCAGAAGAUGGUUGAGCGCAGGGAUGCAUUACUGGUGAUCCAGUGGAAUAUCCGUGCAUUCAUGGGGGUCAAGAAUUGGCCCUGGAUGAAGCUCUUCUUCAAGAUCAAACCUCUGCUGAGGUCUGCUGAGUCAGAGAAAGAGAUGGCCAACAUGAAGGAAGAAUUCCUCAAGUUGAAAGAAGCAUAUGCAAAGUCUGAGGCUCGUAGGAAGGAACUAGAAGAGAAAAUGGUCUCACUUCUCCAAGAGAAAAAUGACCUGCAACUCCAAGUUCAAGCGGAACAAGAUAAUCUCUGUGAUGCUGAAGAGAGAUGCGAGGGGUUGAUCAAAAACAAGAUUCAAAUGGAGGCAAAAAUCAAAGAGUUUACUGAGAGGCUGGAGGAUGAGGAGGAGACGAAUGCUGAACUGACAGCUAAGAAAAGGAAACUUGAGGAUGAGUGCUCUGAGUUGAAGAAAGACAUUGACGAUUUAGAGUUAACCCUAGCUAAGGUGGAAAAAGAGAAGCAUGCCACUGAGAAUAAGGUUAAGAACCUGGUCGAGGAAAUGGCCUCUCUUGAUGAAAUAAUUGCCAAGCUGACCAAAGAGAAGAAAGCCCUACAGGAGGCUCAUCAGCAAACAUUGGAUGACCUGCAGAGUGAGGAAGACAAAGUCAAUACUCUGACCAAACUUAAGACCAAAUUGGAGCAGCAAGUGGAUGAUCUUGAAGGGUCGCUUGAGCAGGAAAAGAAGAUUCGAAUGGACCUUGAAAGAGCUAAAAGAAAGCUGGAAGGAGACUUAAAGUUGACCCAGGAGAGUGUAAUGGACCUUGAGAAUGACAAGCAACAGCUGGAAGAGCGCCUGAAAAAAAAGGACUUUGAGAUCAGUCAACUCAAUGGAAAGAUUGAAGAUGAGCAGGCCAUCAUCAUUCAACUCCAGAAGAAGCUGAAGGAGUUACAGGCUCGUGUAGAGGAGCUUGAAGAAGAGCUUGAGGCAGAGCGAGCUGCCAGAGCCAAGGUGGAGAAGCAGAGAGCUGACUUGGCCAGAGAGCUGGAGGAGAUCAGUGAGAGGCUGGAGGAGGCUGGUGGAGCAACAGUUGUUCAGAUUGAGAUGAACAAGAAGAGGGAGGCUGAGUUCCAGAAACUCCGCAGAGACCUUGAAGAGGCCACUCUGCAGCACGAAGCCACCGCUGCCACGCUCAGGAAGAAACAAGCUGACAGUGUGGCUGACCUGGGGGAGCAGAUUGAUAACCUGCAGAGAGUCAAACAGAAACUGGAGAAGGAGAAGAGUGAGCUCAGACUGGAACUGGAUGAUGUGGUCUCCAGUAUGGAGCAUAUAGUAAAGUCAAAGACCAACUUAGAGAAAGUCAGCAGAACUAUGGAGGAUCAAUUGAAUGAAUAUAGGACCAGGUGUGAUGAGUACCAAAGAUCCCUCAAUGACUUCACGACUCAUAAGGCCAAGCUUCAGGCUGAAAAUGGUGAGCUUUCUAGACAGCUGGAGGAGAAGGAAUCUCUUGUUUCUCAGCUAACAAGAGGAAAGAAUUCCAACAAUCAACAACUUGAAGAUCUAAAAAGACAACUAGAGGAGGAAGUCAAGGCCAAGAAUGCGCUAGCACAUGCAGUGCAGUCUGCCCGCCAUGACUGUGACCUGCUGAGGGAACAGUAUGAGGAGGAGCAGGAGGCCAAGGCUGAAAUGCAGCGCAGCAUGUCAAAGGCUAAUUCUGAGGUGGCUCAGUGGAGAACCAAGUAUGAAACUGAUGCCAUCCAGAAAACUGAGGAGCUGGAGGAAGCAAAGAAAAAGCUGGCUCAGCGUCUGCAGGACGCUGAGGAGGCUGUUGAGGCAGUGAAUGCUAAAUGUUCCUCUCUGGAGAAGACUAAACACAGACUACAAAAUGAGAUUGAAGAUCUCAUGGUGGAUGUGGAGCGAUCUAAUGCUGCUGCUGCUGCCCUGGACAAGAAGCAAAGAAACUUUGACAAGGUCCUGUCUGAAUGGAAGCAGAAGUAUGAGGAAUCUCAGUGUGAACUGGAGAGCUCCCAGAAGGAGGCCAGGUCUCUGAGCACUGAACUCUUUAAACUGAAGAACAACUAUGAGGAAACUUUGGACCAUCUGGAGACCAUGAAGAGGGAGAAUAAGAAUCUACAGGAGGAGAUAUCUGAUCUUACUGAGCAACUUGGUGAGGGAGGAAAGAUGAUUCAUGAGCUAGAGAAGAUCCGUAAGCAGUUGGAGCAGGAAAAGAGUGAGAUUCAGUCUGCUCUUGAGGAAGCUGAGGGCUCGCUUGAGCAUGAAGAAGGAAAAAUUCUGAGAGCCCAGCUUGAGUUCAGUCAAGUUAAAGCUGAUAUUGAACGCAAACUAACUGAGAAGGAUGAGGAGAUGGAACAGUGCAAGAGGAACUUGCAAAGAAACGUCGACACCCUCCAGAGCUCUCUUGAAGCUGAGUGUCGCAGCAGGAAUGAGGCCCUCCGCUUGAAAAAGAAGAUGGAAGGAGAUCUCAAUGAGAUGGAAAUUCAGCUAAGCCAGGCCAACAGGCAGGCAGCUGAGGCCCAGAAACAGUUGAAGUCUCUUCAUGCUCAUCUUAAGGAUUCCCUAAUUCAACUGGACGAAUCCCUACGAGCCAAUGAUGAUCUCAAGGAGAACAUUGCCAUUGUUGAGAGGCGAAACAGCCUGAUUCAGGCAGAACUGGAGGAGCUGAGGUCUGCUCUCGAGCAAAGUGAGAGAGGCCGCAAGCUUGCUGAGCAAGAGCUGUUGGAUGUCAGUGAGAGGGUGCAGCUACUGCACUCACAGAAUACCAGCCUGAUAAACCAGAAGAAAAAGCUGGAGGGUGAUACUUCCCAGCUUCAGACAGAGGUUGAGGAGGCACUGCAGGAGUGUAGGAACGCUGAAGAAAAAGCCAAGAAAGCCAUUACUGAUGCUGCCAUGAUGGCAGAGGAGCUGAAGAAAGAGCAGGACACUAGCGCUCACCUGGAGCGUAUGAAGAAGAACAUGGAGCAGACCAUCAAGGACCUGCAGCACCGCCUGGAUGAAGCUGAACAGAUUGCCAUGAAGGGAGGCAGAAAGCAAGUCCAGAAGCUGGAGGCCAGGGUAAGAGAGCUGGAAAAUGAGGUUGAAAUGGAGCAAAAGAAGAGCAGCGAAUCUGUGAAAGGUAUCCGUAAAUAUGAGCGCCGAAUGAAGGAACUUACCUACCAGACUGAGGAGGACCGUAAGAAUAUUGCCCGUCUACAAGAUCUGGUGGACAAGCUGCAGCUGAAAGUGAAAGCCUACAAGAGAGCUUCUGAGGAGGCUGAGGAACAGGCCAAUGUUAACCUUGGCAAGUUUCGUAAGCUGCAGCAUGAGCUGGACGAGGCUGAAGAGAGAGCUGACAUUGCUGAGUCUCAGGUCAACAAGCUGCGCGCCAAGAGCCGAGAUGCGGGAUCCAAGAAAGGGUUUGAUGAGGAGUGAAGCUUUGGAUCCUUCAGAAAGUCCUUAGUUUGGAGCGUGCAGUAGAUUGCCCCUACUCUCCUAUUCACCUCUGCUAAUUUUGAAUAAAGCUUUUCAAGCUG